AUGGAAUUCAAGGCAGCUAUAAACUCGAUGCAAAUGUCAGGUAACUUUUAUGAAACUUGGAAAUUCUUCAUACAAAGAUUCAAAAACUAUUUACAAGCUACAGAAUUAGCAAAGAAACCUGAAAUAACCCAGUGUGCACAGCUAUUACAGUUAAUAGGGGAAGAAGGGUUCAAAAUAUAUAACACGUUCAAGUUCUCAACGGAAGAAAAAGACAAGUUAGAACUGUUAAUAAAAAAAUUUGAAGCACAUUUCAAACCAAAAAGCAACGUGUCAAAUGCAAGGUAUUGUCUGUUCACCAGAAAACAACAAGAAGGUGAGUCAGUAGACAAAUUUAUAACAGAUAUUAUAAACAAGGCAAAAAAUUGUGAGCUAGAGAAUUUGGAGGACAGUCUGAUUAAGACUUGCAUAACUUGUGGGGUAGCAGAUGAAACGAUGAGACAGAGACUAUUAGAAGAAGAUGAGAUGAGCUUGGAAAAAGCAAUCAAUCUGUGUAAAAGUAUAGAAAGUUCGAAAAACCAGUCUGAAAAAAUGAAAUCAGAGGAGGUACACUACAUAAAGAAAAGAAACUUCAAUAAGAAAUAUGUAAAUAGAGAACAGUGGGAAGACAGAAGACUGAAUCCAACUCAUUCGAUGUCCCAAGACAGCCAGUUCAAUGGUAAAUCUGGAAGCAGUUCAGGGUGCAGUAGAUGUGGAAUGGAGCACAGGGGCCAACCUUGCAGGGCAUAUAAAGCUAAGUGUAAUUUAUGUAAUAAAAUCGGGCAUUACGCAAAAGUAUGUUUUCAAAAACAAAUUAAGUAUGUAGAUGUAGAUGAUUCAGAAUCAGAUGAUUUGUUUAUAGGCUUGGUAAAUACUGAAAAUAGCAGUUUUGAUGAUAAUUUCAUGAUAAAUUUUAAAGUCAACAAGCAUAAUUUAAGCUGUAGAUAA